AUCAGGUUCACAACUGCACCCCCUCUACACUAGUCUGUCUCCCUACACAGUGUUUCAUCCAGGUUAGAUGUGUAUUAUAAUGUGUAUUAUAGCUCAAGCUCUGGAUUUUGCUUUUAGCAAUUUUUCUUUUUUUUUUUUACUUUUAACACAUACUGUACUUGUUUAUGCAUCUUUUUCAUGAAAACUCCAGGAAUCCUGCAGAUGAGCAAGGAGGGGGAGUCCUCAGCUGGAUAACUGAGGGACUGAGUAAGGUGGUCCCUCAGCCAGAGAGCAAGUACAAAGCAUUUCAGUCUAGUACUGAGGACAAAAAUAUCGAGGAAGCAAAAGUCGAACCACAGCUUCCACCCCAAACUGAAGAAUCUCCUCCAGACAUUAAAAUUAUUGAAGUGGUGUCUGUAGCUUCUCAAGAGUCUGAAGUUGACAAUACAGCCAUCCAGCCAUCCUCUCCCACUGCCGCCAGUGUUAUUAGCUGGAUCAAACAAGGACUGGAGAAGGUUGUCCCCCAACCAGCUGACUCCCCAGUAGUCUCCAACAAGGACAGUCACCAAAAACAGACAGUGGUAGAGAAGGAUGAGAUCAAAAAAGUAGCAGUGUCUACAGAAAAAGAGGGAACUAAAGAGAAACCCAUACCAGCCAACGUGCCAGAACCAACUGAACCAAUACAGCAUGCUGAGGAGACCCCUCAACCUGUCAGUGUCGUUGGCUGGUUUGUUCAAGGAUUUGGAAAAGUCAUUCCACAGCCAGUAACAAGAAACAGGCCACAUGGAUUAGAGGAAAAGGCUGAGGCUAGUUCUUGUCAAGUACAACAAAUCUCCAUUCUUCCUGAGGUUGACGAUCUGAUUCUGGAGGAGAUGGAAUCUGACCUGGAAAAUGAACAACACAAGCUACCAAAAUUACAGGAACAAACUGAAAAGCUAAAUAUCUGCACAGAGCAAGCCAUCAUAGAAACAACUCUUCAAGAAGAAGAAGUGAAGCUAUUGGAAAUACAAGAAAAAACUGAGAAAAAGGUAACCAUGCCAAUGCAAUCAGCACCAUCUCAGAAGAUCCAAGAAGAAAAUGAUCAGAUCCUGAUGAUAGUACAUGAAAUGCAAGUGCCCUACAUUGAACUGGAAGAUGCUGAAACCCAAACAGACACGUGGUAUAUGACAAAUGAGCAGUUCCUGAAGGUGAAUGCUGAGAAACAGGAUCUGAAAUCUGCAACUGAAGUCUUAAAAUAUGAUUAUUUCCCACCAGCGCCUGAUGAUGAUGAUCUAAUCUCUUCUGAGUUUGAAAUGUCCUGUGAUCAAUAUGAGGAUGAAGAAUCAGAAGAGCAAACACAGUAUAGACCGUGCCUGGUGUGUCUGGCGAGCAGAUUACCAAGUCCACCCCAUGAAGAACCAGGAGAAGACCUGUUCAUAGUAGCAGAAGCCACACGGCCAACACAGCCAUCAGCAAAAGUGGUGACAUGUGUAGAGCCAGUUAAACAGCAACCAUUGCCAAAGAAAACAGAGGUGCUAUUGGAGAAGGAGGAAGUGAUUCGACCACCUCCCAUCACUGAAGAGGAAGAAGAAUCACAGGUUGCUGAAGACAUAUGUGAUGGAACUUCUAAAGUGAGCCCUCACCCUGCUGUAAACGUAGAAGAUAUCAGUUCCAAGGUAGAUUCCGCUGGGGUCCAAGAAUGUGGCCAAAUCCCCCAUGCCCUCACCUCAACUUCACCUUGCAAAAGCAAGACAUUGACUGUGCCAAAAGUUCCAAUUGUUGCUCGAAGCUCAUCCCCAGACAACGAGAAGAAGGUGCAUUCCCAAGGAGAAACCAAAACUGAUGAGACCAUACACCAUGAUACACCUACUCAACUCAGUCCAGUAGCUGAUGAUGGGGAUAAAGACAGACCACCGUCUGUGACCAGCCAAUCCAGUGCAAUCGUUACUGAGCGCCUACAGGAGCUUGUCAGGCUGUUCAAAGACAGGACAGAAAAAGUGAAAGAAAAACUAAGAGACCCCGACACCUCCUCAGAGGAUGAGAGCCCCUCCGCAUCUCCAACAAAAGCUACCUCAGCAGCACCUGCUCCACCUCCCCCUCCUCCUCCAAAGCCAGAGGAACAGAAGCAGCAGACAACAGGGGAAGCACAAGAUGAGGAUGACCAUUAUUGUGAAAUGCUCUGCUGCAAGUUCAAGACUAUGCCCUGGAUGAGGCGAGUGAAGAAUUGGCGCUUCCCGGACAGCAUUGACCCUCUUACCAAUCUUAUUUACAUCCUAUGGCUUUUCUUUGUUGCAAUGGCCUGGAACUGGAACCUUUGGUUAAUUCCUGUAAGGUGGGCCUUUCCCUACCAGACACCAGAUAACAUCCACCUUUGGCUAGCUGUGGACUUCCUGUGUGACUUCAUAUAUAUCGUUGAUAUACUCAUCUUCCAAACACGACUGCAAUUUGUACAUGGUGGGGAUAUUAUUACUGACAAGAAGGAAAUGAAAGAAAAUUAUAUGAAAUCCUUAAAAUUUAAGAUGGAUUUGAUAUCUCUCAUCCCACUGGAUUUGCUGUACUUCAAACUUGGAUAUAACCCUCUUCUGCGAACACCGCGAUUAUUGAAAUAUAUGGCCUUCUUUGAGUUUAAUGACCGGCUAGAAGCAAUACUUAGCAAAGCAUACAUUUACAGAGUAAUCAGGACAACAGGAUAUUUAUUGUACUCUCUACACUGCAAUUCCUGCCUUUAUUACUGGGCAUCCGACUAUGAAGGGAUUGGAUCAACGAAGUGGGUGUACUCUGGGUUCGGAAACAGCUAUAUUCAUUGCUACUACUUUGCUGUGAAAACUCUGAUCACCAUUGGAGGACUGCCUGAUCCUGAAACGCUCUUUGAGAUUGUCUUCCAGCUUCUAAACUAUUUCAGUGGGGUCUUUGCUUUCUCUAUCAUGAUAGGACAGAUGAGGGAUGUGAUUGGGGCUGCAACUGCUGGCAAAAACUAUUACAGAUCCUGCAUGGACACUACUAUCAACUACAUGAACAAUUAUAAAAUUCCCAGAGAUGUUCAGAAUCGGGUUAAAACCUGGUAUGAAUAUACAUGGGCGUCCCAAGGCAUGUUGGAUGAACAGGAACUACUUAUACAGUUGCCUGACAAGAUGAGACUGGAUAUUGCAGUGGAUGUUAAUUAUAGUAUUGUCAGCAAGGUGCCACUCUUUCAGGGCUGUGAUCUUCAAAUGAUUUAUGACAUGCUGAAGAGACUGAAAUCUGUAGUGUACCUACCAGGGGACUAUGUUUGCAAAAAGGGAGAAAUUGGAAGAGAAAUGUAUAUCAUCAAGGCAGGGGAAGUGCAAGUAUUGGGUGGUCCAGAGGGAAAGACUGUCUUUGUAACACUGCGGGCUGGAUCUGUCUUUGGGGAAAUCAGCUUGCUUGCUGUUGGAGGUGGAAACAGGCGAACAGCUAAUGUGGUGGCCCAUGGAUUUGCCAAUCUCUUCAUCUUGGACAAAAAAGACUUAAACGAAAUAUUAAUUCAUUACCCAGAGUCACAGAAGCUGCUACGCAAAAAGGCCAAAAAGAUGCUGAAUAAAGAUGAAAAAAGCAAAGAGGCAGCUAAAGGGUCAAAAUAUUUGAUCCCUCCAAAAACUGAUUCUCCAAAACUUCUCCAGGUAGCAGAGGUCAUCACCAAGAAAUCUGGAAUGAAAGGAUUCUUUUCUCGAAUUCAGCCAUAGUUACAGAUGCACAGCUCUUUAGAGCAUGUCAUCUCUCAGCCAGUGCCUCCCACCAAUCCAGUUUACAAGCCCUUUCCUAGAAAAACAAUGUUGAAGUUGAAGAUCACAAUGAGACUUUGUUGUCCAGUUUCAUGCUAAUCCAUCUGACAUCCACACAGGAACAAAUAUGGACUCCAGAAGAGACUACUGAGCAAAUCAAAGGCACCCAAGACAUAAGUAAAGAAAUAUAGAGUAUUAAAAACAAAUAUUUAUUUUGGGAAGGGGUUUGCAGAGUCCUGAAUUAACACCUAGCACUAACAGAUGGUAAUGCAGUGUCUUUCUUAACCUAAUGUUGGAAUUGAGCCACAUAUGAUGGCAUUGUAAGAGAAAAUGAUCGAUAUUUCAGCUGCAGCUGAUGGAUUUGUGUGUUACCUUUCAAGCUUGGAGCAUCCCUAUGAAUGAUUAUUUUCAUGUUAUAUUAACAUUUCUCAUUAGGUGGCUAAUUUCUACCCUCACUCUUUAAAGAACAGUUAGACAAGAAAGGCAGUUUUAUUAACUGAGAAAUUGAUAUUGCUGGCUCUCCCUGUCUUUGAUUAACUGAACUCAAUCUAUUCUUCAUGUUGUACUUCAUCUUAAUUUGGAUGUUGUCUAUAUUUGUCAUUUUCUUAUUGCCAGAAAAUGAAAGCUUUAAAGAGUCAAUUAGCAGUGGACAGAAACAAGUGUUAAUUGUAGGGUGUCUACCUGGAAACAUAAUCAAGAGGCUAGAGAUAUUGUAAUUUAAGCUGGGAAAAUCUUAAAAUUGGGGAAUGUAAUUUAUUCAUCAUUGGUGUAAAAGUCUUCUGUGUGUAUUUACCAUCAUUGUUUAAACUACUUUCCUACUGUUAGUAUGGGUCAUGGAAAGAACAGAUGAGUUAUACUGAGAUUGCAGAGCUGGACUUUGUUAUUUCACAACUUCUGACUGCAGUCAUGCACAUUUGCCUAGACAUUUGAUGUGUGAUGUUUUUAUUUUUUUGUGAGUUUCAUUUCAUGAUUGUUUUAAGUCGUUUGUUCAGUGCUUUGGGUUAUAUAACCAUGUAAAGAGACCUAUUUAAAAUAUAUUGUUGUUUUUGCUGUUGCAAAGCUUAUUCCAUAUAAUUCAGUUCUUUCUAACUAAUGACCAAGUGUAAUUAAAACAGUCAUUCUUUUGAUGUCAGGAAUAAAUUGGAUAUAAUAAAACCCAACAAAGAUAUUCCAGGGCUGAGUUUUUAAAACAACUAAACAAAUAUAUUGCAGAGUGAUAUAGCUCACCUGUGCAUCUGUUCACUUGGAAAAAAAUGAUUACUGCAUUUUGGGCUGAAGACUUGUUUUAUACAAAGCUCAUUUUUCUGUACCAUCAAUCUAAAUUAAACAUUGAAGUUCCAUCUCUCAUUGGCUCCAGGAAGGUAAUUUGUUUUAUAGCCAUCUCCUACAAUGGAAAAGAUAUUGGAUAUUUCCAAGUUUGGUGCUCAUGUCUUCAAGCCAAGAAAUUAUUUGACAAACCUAAGGAAAUCAAACAUACUGGCCUUUCUCUUUUGGAACAGCAUAUUAAUGUACCACAGUCCUCAAGAAAAUACUAUAUGGUUAGAAAAUAUAGACUAUAAGACAGGACAUUCAAAAGUUUGCAAAAUGCAUUUCAACUUACUGCGGCUUUGGUAUGUAGGUAAACCGAAUGCAAUACACAGGGUAAGUACUUCAAAUAAUGGAUGGAUGGAUAGCACAUUGCAAUGUGUUUAGAUCAAAUCAUCCCAUUAUAAAUAUGGUAAAAAAAAUGAGUAUCUGAACUAGAUAACAUUGGAAGAUAUGCAUGUAAGCAGCUGAUAUCUCUCCUUGCACAUGGUAGUGUGAUGGAUUUUGUUUUUUGCCUUUUUCAGUAAUGUUUUGACAACGGUUUAUCAUAAAGUCAUCCAAUAGCUUCAAACGA